AUGAGGCGUCACUCGCAGCCUCCUCCCACACUCCAAGGGCGUGUGGCUCCCAGGAGCUCUGCCAUCGCCAGCCUACCUACGCCGCAAGUUCAAACCACGCUGGAGCAUUUGAUUACCAUCAAACCAGCUGGUGUUUGCGCAGAUUUGUUUAAUCGUCUUUUAAUAGCAUUAGGAGAACAGCAAGCUCCCUCUCACAGCAGACAGAAGACAAGAACGAAGCGAGGAACUCGCAGUUUCCAAGCUCUCCCAGCGCAGCCGGUGCUCGGGCAGUGCCGCCUCUCCCGCACCGCCCGGGACGCGGCGGCGAUGCUGCGAUCCCGCCCUGCCGGGGCACGGGGACACGGGGGCUACCAGCCCCGAAACCCGCUUCCUACGGGAGGAAAACCCUCCAGCUUUCAAAAAACCAACAGGCGGGAGGAGAAACUCACCGAGCCAGCAGCCCCGCUCCCGCCACAGCGCCCACGCUCCGGGCACUGGGAAACUUGCGGGAGCCAGGUAACAGCGCACCCGAGGAGCCGCCGGAGCGACCACCGCGGACCCGGGGUGUCAGCAGCGAAACUUUGGGUGCCCCGGUCCGGUCCCCCCCAGCCCACCCGUGUCCUCCCGCUCCGCGCCCGGCACGGCGGCCCCGCUGGCCCCGCUCACCUCGCUCACCUCUCUCACCUCUCUCACCUCUCCCGCCGCUCCGCGCCCGCCCCGCCGCUGCCCCUCCGCCCGCACGGCUCGGCCGGACCGCGCCGCCGCCGCCCGCCCUUUAUGGGGCCCGCGGCCGCCCCGCCCCGCGCCGCGGGCCCGCCCCGGGCACGGGAUGCACGGCCCGAGCCCGCCCCUCCCUCCCUGUGCCGGGCCGGGGAGCCCCGGGUACCCCCGUGGAGUCCCUUCGCCCAGGCUUGUGCCCCUGCCCCGGGGACCCUCCCCAGCCCCACCGGCUCGGCGGGAGACGCGCCAGCCGCGGCGGGGAGAAGGGGGAGCCGAGGCAGCAGUGCCGGUGCCCAUCCCAGGGGUGGCGAGGGGACAGAGACCACCGAGGCCAAAUGCAGCAGCGUCCCCCAGCACCAUGAGGCUCCUUCCUGGCCAGUGGCGUGGUGGGAGAUUGGACGAUUUCGGCCAAAGGGGCACCUCCUCUCAUCACCCACCACUGCACCCACGUCCUCCAGCAGCGAGGACGAGGAAAUGGCUCAGCCAAGGACCUCGGUCCCUCGUAUGGCACUGGGGUUUUAA